AUGGCCUCUCUCCCCCGCACCAACGGCCUCGUCCUCUGGAGAGACCUCACGCCGCUCCCGGCCCCUCUGCACGCACCCACCCCCUCCUCCCCAACCAUCCUCAUCGUCGGCGGCGGCGUCACGGGCCUCACCACCGCGUGGGCCCUCCUCGACAAAGGCUACCGCGUCACCAUCGUCGCCAAAGAAUGGGCCUCGUACGGGCAAGAGCAGCGCCUAGCCUCGCAGAUCGCGGGCGCGCUCUGGGAAUACCCGCCCGCCGUGUGCGGGCAGCACACAGACGCCAUCUCUUUGCAGCACUCGAAGAAGUGGAGCAUGGUGGCGUACCACAUCUGGGACGGGCUGGCGGCGUCGACCGAGCUGUCCGAGCUAGCAGGCGUGCGCGUCAAGCCCGCGGACUUCUUCUUCCCGGCGCCCGUCGAGGAGGACGAGAGGCAGCUGGCGAAGAUGGCAGAGAUCAUGGCCAGCGGCAUCCGCGGCUUCCGUCGCGACGCAGGCAUUAUUCGAGAGCGCGGCGUCGCGCCGGACUACGGCGCCGUGGACGCGUACGAGCAUCUUGCCCCCGUCAUCGACACGGACGCGUGCAUGGCCUUCCUGAAAGACCUCGUCGCGGCCAAAGGCGCCCAGCUCAUCACGCGCACCCUCCACGGCGACCUACUGGCACAAGAACAAGCGCUGCGCAACGAAUACGCCGCCUCCGCCAUCAUCAACGCGACCGGCCUCGCGGGCACCGAGCUCGCUGCCGACCCGACCUGCUACCCCAUCCGCGGCGGCCUGAUCCGCGUCAUCAACGACGGCACCACCUUUCCCAAACUCGACGCCGCGCUCACCAUCUCCGCCGACGUGAAUAAGAACGAGAUCGUCUUCCUCGUCCCGCGCAACGACGACAUUCUGCUUAUAGGCGGGAUAACGGAGCCGCAUGAGGGCGCGCUCGACCUCUCCCUCGCCGCGCCAAUCGUGCAGCGCAUGCGCGCCCGCUGCGAGGCGUUCCUGCCGGACCUGAAGCACGCGCGGCUCGACCCCGCAUACCCGUUUGCGCAGGGCCUGCGGCCGUUCAGGCAGCAGAACGUGCGCGUGGAGCGGGAGUUGCGGGGGCGCGCGGACGGGGUCGGCGCGCCCAGUAGGAUCGUCCACAGUUAUGGCCAGGGCGGCGCGGGCUGGUCGCUGUCGUUUGGCUGUGCGGGCGACGUGUGCGAUUUGGUCGAGGAGGCGCUGAUGGAUUUGCCGCCGCGGCCGAUGGGCAUAGAAAUUGUGGAGAAGAGGCUGCCCGUCGUGGGGUCGGGGUUGGGGUUGGAUGAGGUCGGGUUGGAGCCGAGGGCGAGGUUGUAG